AUGUCCUCUGCCCAAGAUACCAUUACCAAUAUCUCCAUCAACAAGUUCGACGGAGGCAACCACGCGACAUGGAGCCGCUACGUGCGUGGCGUGUUCCUGACUAAGUCGACGUGGUACGUGGUGAUCCGGAAGACGUCGCCGACCUAUGCGGACGAUCGCUCCAUGGACGUCUACGUCAAGACAAAUAACAUCGUGUUCGUACUGAUGUCGCAUCACAUGGACGCCGACUACCAUCACAUCGUCGAUGAUUGUGAGGAAGCGUGGGUCGUGUGGGCGCGUUUGAAGACACUGUACGGUGGGUCGCAGAAGGCUGGGCGAAUCUACUUGAAGCGCCAGCUGUUCAGCAUGGAGAUGGCGGAAGGCGGCAAUGUGAUGCAUCACAUUGCCAUGAAGUCCCUCAGCAUCGGCGCGAAGAUAAGCAGCAUCGGAGCCAAGAUGGAGGACGAGGACUUGAGCAGCGCUGCAAUCGCGAGACGUCGUGAUGUGCUCACAAAUGAGCGCAUCAAGAGACAAGGUGACAAGACGAUAUCGGUGGAGACUGGAGACGCGGAGAAGGCGUUCAGUGCUGAGCGUGAACCUCGCCAGUGUACGUACUGCGGCAAAUUGGGGCACACGGCGGAGCGGUGCUGGACCAAGAAGAAGGACGAAAACAUAGGAGGAGCUCUACGCGCCGGCAACAAUGCUCGUAGACGCGGAGCCAACAACGUUCAGUGGCGAUUCCACAACAACUACGACGACGACUACGAUUGA